AAUGAGACAAUUGAAAUUGAAAUCGAGAGAAAUUAAGUUGGUAGAAAGCUGCAACAAUGGCAGCAUCGAAGCCAUCACCAACCGAUACCUGGGAUUCUACUCUCCCCGGUCCUCCCAGCCGUAACAACUUCGGAUCCGCCGAUCUCAGUCCCUCCGGUCUCUUCGCCUUUGCCUCUGGCUCCUCCGUCUCUGUCGUCGAUUCUCGUUCUCUCCAGCUCGUUUCCACUAUCCCUCUCCCUCCUCCUCCCGGUGCUCUCUCUCCCUUCGUCACUUCCGUCCGUUGGAUUCCUCUCCCUCUCCCCCGCGAUCUACUCUCCACCGAACCCUCCGCCUCUCACCUUCUCCUCGCCGUUGCAGAUCGCCACGGCCGUGUCGCUCUCGUUGACUUCCAUCUUCGCUCCGUCGUCGUCUGGCUUAAUCCUUCCUCCGAUCCCAAGCUCGGAAUUCAAGACCUUUGUUGGGUUCAAGCUCGCCACGAUUCUCAUGUCCUCGCUGCGAUUUCUGGAUCUUCGUUUCUCUCGCUCUACACGACCUCCGGUGGACUUUUCUGGAAGUACGAUGCCGGCACGGAGAUUCUCUCCUGUCUCCGCCGCGAUCCCUAUGAUUCUCGCCAUUUCUGUGUGCUUGGCCUUAAAGGAUUCCUAUUGUCGGUUAAGGUACUUGGAGAUAGUGAGAACGAUGUUGUGAUUCAGGAGAUGCAGAUAAAGACAGAUUUCAGUGAGCUACCGAGGUUGGAAAGAGAGGCAGCUAGUAAUGGCAAUUCAUCAUCGUCUUCGCCUGCUUCAGCCGCAUUUCCGUUAUACUUUGCUAGAUUUGCCUUCUCGCCACAUUGGAAGAAUAUACUCUUUGUGACGUUUCCUAGGGAGCUAUUGGUGUUUGAUCUGCAAUAUGAGACGCCCCUCUCGACUACGCCAUUACCUCGUGGUUGCGCCAAGUUUCUUGAUAUCUUGCCUGAUCCAAACAAGGAGUUGCUUUAUUGUGGUCAUGUCGAUGGCAGGCUCAGCAUUUGGCGUCGGAAAGAAGGAGAACAGGUGCAUGUCAUGUGUACCAUGGAAGAGUUUAUGCCAUCUAUUGGAAUGUCCAUCCCGUCUCCUUCCGCUCUGGCUGUUCUACUCAGUCAUUCAGACUCCACAAUGCAAACCAUUACAAAAAUUCACCCGGAUGGAACCUCUUCUAUAGAUUUUGAUAACCCAUUUGACUUUUAUGACGAAAGUCUUCUUGUUUCUAAGACAACUUUUAUCUCCCUAUCUGAUGAUGGCAAAAUAUGGAAGUGGGUCUUAAGUGCUGAAGGUGUUGAAGAUGCUCUGAAAAAUGCAUCAGACUUGGACAUGGGUAUUGGAGCCACUGAAGCAGCACUUCCUGGAGCUAUUCAGGAAAAUGAUUCCUCAAGUCUGGAUGAUGAAUUAGUUGUUGCACCUACAAAUCGAAGCAGAGGUCACACAUCAGGUUCCUCCAUGGAAAAAUCAGAUCUAUCAUUUAAGAAGUUUGGCGUUACCAGGGCUUAUACUUGUUUACUUCGCUCAAUGCAGAUCAGCCUGACUGGACAGCUUCAGCUUCUCUCUUCCACAGUCUCUACACUUGCUGUACCAUCUCCGUCUCUUACAGCAACCCUAGCAAGAGGGGGUAACAUUCCUGCUGCAGCUGUUCCGUUGGUUGCUUUGGGAACUCAGAGUGGGACAAUCGAUGUUGUUGAUGUAUCAACGAAUGCUGUUGCUGCAAGCACUUCGGUUCAUACUGGUGUUGUUAGAGGCCUUCGGUGGCUUGGAAAUUCAAGAUUAGUUUCAUUUUCUUACAGUCAGGUGAAUGACAAAAGCAGAGGCUACAUAAAUAGGCUUGUUGUUACCUGCCUUAGAAGUGGGUUGAAUAAACCAUUUCGUGAUUUACAAAAGCCAGAGCGCACUCCCAUAAGAGCUCUUAGAACUUCUUCUUCCGGAAGAUCAUCGAGGAUACUCCUUCACUAUUUCAAAGAUGAGGAACUAUUGUAUCUUCUAAUUCUUUUCCGUGAUGCUCCUGUAGAAGUUUGGGCAAUGACCAAGCAUCCAGUUAUGCUUAGAUCAUUAGCUCUUCCUUUCACGGUAGUGGAAUGGACGCUUCCAGCUGUUCCGCGCCCAGGUCAAGGCGGUCCGUCCAAACAAUCGCUCUCAGCAUCCGAAGGAGUAACUGCUUCAGGAGACUCUUCAUCAGUGGGCUCAGAUGGAUCGCAAGAAGAAACUGUAGAGAGUUUUGCAUUUGCACUAGUAAAUGGUGCUCUUGGAGUAUUUGAAGUCCAAGGACGUCGAAUUCGAGAUUUCAGACCUAAAUGGCCAUCUACUUCAUUCGUUCCCUCAGAUGGAUUGGUUACAGCCAUGGCAUAUCGCUUGCCUCAUGUGGUUAUGGGAGAUAGAUCAGGAAACAUAAGAUGGUGGGAUGUAACAACAGGACAGUCAUCUGCAUUUAAUAGUCACAGAGAUGGAAUACGGAGGAUCAAAUUUUCUCCUGUUGUUGCUGGAGAUCGCAGCAGAGGGCGUGUAGCUGUGCUAUUUAAUGACAAUACAUUCUCUGUAUUUGAUCUGGUGAGUCUUAAGAGGAUUCAGUAUUUUCCUUCAAUUUGUGCACAUGUCUUGUGGUUUCAAAGGUGGUGUACUAAUAUUGAUUCACCAGAUCCGUUAGCCCAAUCACUUCUCCAGCCUCAAAUUCCUGGCACCCUUGUACUGGAACUUGAUUGGCUGCCUCUGAGAACUGAUAAAAAUGAUCCGCUUGUUCUAUGCAUUGCCGGGGCUGAUAGCACCUUCCGGCUCGUUGAGGUUACUGUAAAUGAAAAGAAAGCUGGCUUUGUGCCCCAGUCUAAAUCAGUAAAGGAGAGGUUUCGUCCUAUGCCUAUGUAUUCCCCUAUCUUACUUCCUGUGCCACAUGCGCUGGCACUGCGGAUGAUUUUACAGUUAGGAGUGAAACCAUCUUGGUUUAAUACGUCUAGCACAACUUUGGAGAAGAGGCCUCAUUUAAUCCGUGGGAUGGCUUCAUCCUCUAAGGAUCUACGGAGUUACAUGAUUCAGUUACCGCCUUUAGGGGACCCUGUAGUGCCCGAAAUGCUGUUGAAGAUACUAGAACCUUAUCGGAAAGAAGGUUGCUUGCUGGACGAUGAAAGAGCAAAACUUUACGCUGAUGUGGUCAAGAAAGGUUAUGCUGCAAGAUUUGCUUUUGCAGCUUCUGUUUUUGGUGAAACCUCAGAAGCACUUUUCUGGUUGCAACUUCCUCAAGCCAUUCGCCAUCUGAUGAACAAGCUAACGAGAAGGUCUCCGCAGAAAAUCUCUUCCCCUACUUUAGACUCAGGAGCUGAUGAAGUAGCUAUGCCGAGUAAAAUACCAUCUACUGGAUUAUCGUCACCUGAAGCCAGGAAGAUAGACUCUAUGUGUGAUGGUUCACUUAGAUUGAUGGCUUUUGAGCGAGAAGAAUUACGGACGCGUGCCAAUGAACGUCUUCCUUGGCAUGAAAAAUUAGACGGAGAAGAUUGCAUUCAGAAACAAGUACACGAGCUGAUAUCAGUUGGAAAUUUGGAAGCUGCUGUUAGUUUGCUGCUUUCUUCAGCUCCAGAUUCUCCAUACUUCUAUCCAAAUGCUCUCCGAGCUGUUGCACUCGCUUCUGCUGUGUCUAAAUCUCUUCUCGACCUUGCACUAAAGGUUGUUGCAGCCAACAUGGUAAGGACCGACAAUUCACUCACUGGUACUCAUCUUUUAUGUGCCGUUGGUAGGCACCAAGAAGCUUGUUCACAGCUCCAAGAUUCUGGACGAUGGACCGAUGCUGCUACCUUGGCCGCAACACAUUUAGAAGGAUCGGAUUAUGCCAGGGUAUUGCAAAGGUGGGCUGAUCAUGUUCUCCAUGCGGAGCACAACGUCUGGCGGGCCCUUAUUUUAUAUGUGGCUGCUGGUUCCCUGCAAGAGGCGCUUGCAGCUCUCAGAGAGGUGCAACAGCCUGAUACAGUAGCCAUGUUUGUCCUCGCGUGUCAGGAGAUUCAUUCAGAAAUCAUAACCGAGCUAUCAACCCAAGACGAGGAGUCUGAAUCUGCUUCUGGUGAUGGCACAGUACCGCUGCCCGAUCUGCCUGGUCUUGAAUCAGGGAAGGAAGAAGUGACAGCGGUUUGUGAAUACUUUCAACAGUACCAGAGAAAGCUAGUGCAUUUGUGCAUGGACUCUCAACCCUACACCGACUGAUGAGGAAACUAUACUACCAAACUCUUUCGUUGGCUAUGCAAAAUUACGCACAUGAAAUCAUCUUUGAAGAACAACAACAAAAACAAGUUUUUGCAUUUAAAUAUUACUGUAUUUGUGAUAUAGAUAAUGUUUCUGCAUGUUGUACCCUAAACCCUUCUUCUGUGUAAACUUGAUUUAAGAAGACAAGAUAAUUUUCUCUUGUU